UGCUUUUAGACGGAAAUAAAUUCUGAUGUUGGGAAGAAGGCGAACAUGAAGCGGAGGCUUGUCGCCUGAAGAUGAACAAGGAGAAAAUUUCCACAUAAGUUCAGACGCUUUCCCAAAACUGAGCUUCGGAGUUAAGAUGAGAACCUCUCAAGAGUAUCUUUGUGGCUUCAUCAUUCCAUUAUCCGUGACUGCUGUAUUAACUAUUGCUGUAGUAACUAUGGGGUGUGGCCAUGAUACCAGCACACCAUGUUCUGUCACAUCCGCUUUCACUACUGGAGGGGAAACGGUCGAAGGCUACGCCCUAUUUGGAUACACUUUUGAAAAUGUUUCGGUGACAGGGCAGUUCAGUUGUUGGUUAGAAUGUCAGCAAAAUUGCCAGUGCGUUUCUUUUAACUUUCUAACAAAUGUUAAAAGAGACAACUGCCAGCUGAAUAAAGAGGACAGAUUUCAAAGGCCUGGCUCAAUGAAAGCACUACACGGAUCUCAGUAUUAUGAUCUUAUGACCGGCUACAGAGUUCAGGGCCGAGAUCAGCCGUGUCUUAAUGGUGGAUUAUUGCGAAAAAGCUGCGACUUGAUGGGAAAAUUCUUUGUCUGUGAUUGUGCUAAGGGAUUUGUUGGUCAGUUUUGUCAACAUGAUUGUCAGCAAGCUCUUGGCAUGGAGAGCGGCAUUAUCUCGGACGGACAAAUCAGCGUCUCUUCCGAGUGGCAUACCGGCAAAUUUGGGGUCAACAUGAGCAGACUGAAUAGCCCUAGAUCCUGGAAAUCCGGCACCAAAGAUAACUACCAAUGGCUGCAGAUUGACCUGGGCAAUCCACUGACCACAAUAACACGUGUCGCCACACAGGGAAGGGAGAAUUCACAGAACCCACAGUGGGUGACUAAAUACCAGUUGCAGUACAGUGUAAAUGGAAUAAAUUUUCUGUACUACAAAGAACAUGGACAAAACCUACCUAAGGUUGGUGAGCCUGCGUUGACAACUCGGCAGUUUUUAUACAUAUUUUCAAGGCUUAAUUUGAGGAACUGA